AUGAAUAAAAUUGAAAUAUAUAUACAAUGUGCAAUAUUACUACUAAAUAUAUUUUUAAUUGAAAGUAAAAAAAUAUAUAUAAAUAAAAGAAAACAAAUUUCUUUUAUAAAAAACGGUCACUCAAUAUAUCAAAAUGAUGUUCUAAUCAAAAUAUGUAGAUGCACAAAAAAAUUUAAGCAUUCUUUCUAUAAUGUUAAAAAGAAAGACAAUGUUUUAAAUUUAUCAAAGAAUGAAAAUUUUAUUAAUGAUGAUUUAGUUGGCAAUUUCAAUAAAUUAUUAGAAUGUUUAAUGAAUAAAAAAAAUGAAUACAUUAGUGUAAAAAACGAUUUUACUAUAAAUGAUUUAAUUAAUUAUUUCGAGAAUAACUUAUCAUUACAUAAUAUAAAGUUUAUCCAUGAAAAUAGAAAUAAUUAUGGAUAUUUAAACAAUAAAAUAAAAGAUUUUAUAAUUGAAAAUAAAUUAGAAGUUAAUAAAAAUCUUGAGUUAUACUUAAAUAAAGAUAAUAAUAUGGAAAAUAAUAGUACAUAUAAUGAAAAAAUGACUAGUGGAGAUAAUCAGAUUCUAUGUAUGAGAGCAAAGAAAAAAAUUAGGAAAUCAGAAAUUAUAUGUAGCAUACCUAGUUCAUAUAUAAUUAAUUUUGAUAAUAUAAUAAAUCAAAUUAAGAAAUAUGUUGAUUAUUUUACCGAUUCAUAUAAUGUAAAUUAUAUAAAACAUAUAUUUAAAAAUAAGUUAGAGGAUCAAAUAAGUGAAUUAGACUCUUUAACAAUUUUAAAAUAUGAUAUUUAUCAAAAGCAUACGAAUUUCCUAACUUUUAUUAAAUCACCGAAUAUUUAUUUAAAAUAUUGGGAUAUAAAAUUAACAUUAAUAAUUGCAUACAUCUAUUUUAUUUCCAAAUAUAUAAACAUUCUACUUUAUGCUUAUAAUUUUAAUAAUACCGUUUUUCAUUUAUUGAAUAAUAUUUGUAGAAAAAAUUCCAACAAUAGCAGUAAGACUGCAAAAAAUUUUUUAAAUAAUAAUUUUCCAAAUGACAUCAAGAAAAAACAUAAUGAUAAAAAGAACACUUAUUUUGAUAAUACAUUAGAAAAUAUAUGCUACUCUUCCUUAAAUUGUAUAAAUGAAGUAAAUUGCAUACUAAAGAAGAAUGUUGAACAUGAAUUAAAAAAUCAUAAACAUUUUUUCUUCUAUAAAAAUUAUGAUUUUUAUAUUAAUUAUAUUGUACACAAAAAAGAGUUAAGUCAUUUACCAUUACAUUUCUCUGAUUCAUCAUUUUUUCUUUUUAAUAACGCUAAUAUAAAAAAUAUCAUAUAUUUUAGAAGACAAAUGAUUCAUGAAAUUGUAAAUUUAUAUAAAAAUGAUGAAAAUGAUAAUAAUUUUUUUUUUAUUGACAAAAAUAUUAUACAUAAAUUUUUAUUUACUAAUAAUAAAUAUUACCAGGAAAUUGAAAAUUUAAAAAAUACUAACAUCUUUAAAAAUGAUUUAAGUGUUCCUUUUUCAAAAAUAAAAAAUAAUACCAGUGUAGAUGUAAACAAACUAUAUCAUUUUAUUUUAUUGAAUGAUAAACAUUCAGAUAUUUAUAGACAUAAUAUGAAUAAUUAUCAGAAAAAUAAUAUAAAUAAUGAAAAGUGGAUAAACUGUAAUUUUAAUAAAGAGGCAAUUCAUUUAGAUAAUAACGAUAAAUGUCUAAAUAAGAAUUUAGAAUAUUUUCUUAAUUCUUCUGUUUUUAAUUCUUCUAUAUUAGAAUCAUUUGAAGAAUUUUUUAAUUAUAAAUUUUUAAUGCAUGUAUAUUCAUAUAUAUGCUCUCAUGCUAUAAAAAUGAAAAAUAACAUAAUUUUUUAUAAUGAAGAAAAGGAAAAAAAAAGUGAAAACAACUACUAUAUUUUAAAAGAUAAUAUUUUAAAUAGUAAUAUAAAAAUGAAACAAAAUGACAAAGUUUUGGAACAAAUACAUAUAAAAGAAUGUUCUAAAUAUGACUUUAAUGAAUAUGAAAAGAAAGAAAAAGAGGGAGAAAAUAAAUUCAUGUGCCUAAUUCCAUUAAUAGACGUUUGUAAUCAUAGCAAUUUUUAUGCUAAUUCUAUCAUAAAAAAGGAUAUGAAAAAAAGAAAAAGUUCUUUUUAUUCUUCUGAAGAUAUCAAAUAUGAUAUAAAUAAAAUGGAAUUUUCUGAUUGUAAUAUACAAGAUAAAAAAAAUGAGCAUUUGAUUAAACAAAAUAAAGUUAAUAAAAUUGAAAAUGAGAAUGAGAAUGAGAAUGAAACUGUUAAUAUAAGCGAAGCAUAUAAGACUAAAGGAAAUAUGAAAAACAAUUUAACUAAUUCAAUAAUUGAAGAUAUAGAAAACGUUCACUUAAUCAGUACAAAAGAUAUAGAUAUAGAUGAAGAAAUUACUAUUAGCUAUGGAAAUUUAAGUAAUGAUCUUUUACUAUUAGAAUAUGGAUUUAUUGAUAAAAAAAGUUUGAAAGUUUACUUUAAAUUUGAUGUAAAAAUAAUAAGAGAGAUCAUUUUACAAAUAUUGGGUUUUGAUAAAUUGCCUCUAAUGAUGUUAGAAAGUUUAGAAGCAGUUAAACUAAAUUUAUUUAGAAAACUUAAUGUUAUAUCUGAUGGAGGGAGUGUUUAUGAAAGAUUUGAUACUACUAAUAUGGAAAAUGCCAAAAUUACAAGAAAAAAGAGUGAAAUACUAAAUGAUUACUUAAGAAAAAAUAAAUAUUUUAAUGAAUAUAACAUAUUUAAAAUGAAAGAUCGUAUUAACAAAUUUUUAAUUGACGAAAAAAUCCAAUUUGCUGAUAAGAAAAAUUAUCUAUAUAUAGGUGGUGAAUCUAUUGUUGAUCCUAUUUUGUUAGCUACUAUAAGAAUAAUAAUUUAUGAUGAUAUUAAUCAUCUUUCUAAAAUAAAUAUAAAUGAUUUAUUAAAAUGGGAAAAUUACUUAUCAAUAUAUUCUGAAAUGAUUGUACUCCAAGUUUUAAUAAAAUUGUGUGAUGAAAUUAUUUAUCAACACUUUUAUGAUAUUAAUUAUGAAGAAAUAUUAAAAGAAGGAAGUAUAAAAUAUUCCAAUUUAAAGUUUUUACAAAAUAAAUUUUUACAAUUAAAUUUAUUUAACUCUGAUAAAUCUAUAAAUGUUUUUCAAAAUAAUAAUUUUAAUAUUGUUAUACAUAAUAUUAUGAAAUUAAAAGAAUUACAAAAUGCAAAACUUAAGCUUACUGAAAGAUUUAAUCAAAUAAAAAAUCUCUUAAAAAAAUAA